AGAGGCGGCGGCAGCCUCUGGGCCCGCAGCCCCCGGCGGGGAGCCGGCCCCUUCCCGCGGGUGCCGGCAGCUCCGACCCUGUCGUGUGACAGCCGGGGGGGGACGCUGCUGCCUCGGCGAGCCCGGCUGCGGCUGCGGCGGCUGCGGCCAUGUGUUUCUCCGCCUGCCCGUGACACAAUAACACGGGAAGCAGGGGGGGGGAAUACGAGCCUGCCGAGGGGAAAAGUGACCUGCUCCGCUCAGGCCGGUGGCGAUGGAGGAGGGCAUGAGCAGCAUGCAGCAGAAAGCGACGGAGCUGGAGCACAUGGCCGAGGUCCUGCUCACCGGCGAGCAGCUCCGGCUCCGGCUGCACGAGGAAAAGGUCAUUAAAGAUCGGAGACACCACCUCAAGACCUACCCCAACUGCUUCGUUGCCAAAGAGCUGAUCGACUGGCUGAUUGACCACAAAGAGGCCUCAGACAGAGAGACAGCAAUUAAACUGGUGCAGAAAUUACUGGAUCACAGCAUUAUCCACCAUGUCUGUGAUGAGCAUAAGGAGUUCAAGGAUGUCAAACUGUUCUACCGCUUCCGAAAAGACGAUGGGACAUUUCCCCUGGACAACGAGGUGAAGGUGUUCAUGAGAGGACAAAGACUGUAUGAAAAGCUGAUGAGUUCUGAAAAUACCCUUUUGCAAGCCAGGGAAGAGGAAGGAGUCAAGUAUGAACGAACCUUUGUGGCCUCGGAGUUCAUUGACUGGCUGAUCCAGGAAGGAGAGGCCACCACACGGACUGAAGCGGAGCAGCUUGGCCGCAGACUUUUGGAGCAUGGGAUUAUACAGCACGUGUCCAACAAGCACCACUUUAUGGAUAGCAGCUUGCUCUACCAGUGCAGGAUGAAUUUCCGGCGACGGCGGCGACUGCUGGAGCUCGUCACAGAGAAAUCCCGCCUGGUGCCAGAAAGCCAUGAGAGCCCCUUUUGCCUGCGCAAGCAGAACCAUGACAACAGAAAACACACCAGUUUUCUCUCAGUGAGUCCCACCAAAGAGAUUAAGAUCGUGUCAGCAGUACGGAGAAGCAGCAUGAGCAGCUGUGGCAGCAGUGGGUACUUCAGCAGCAGCCCAACACUCAGCAGCAGCCCCCCCGUGCUCUGCAACCCCAAAUCUGUAUUAAAGAGACCUGUGACUGCUGAUGAGCUCUUGAUGCCUGGAGCCCCAUAUGUACGGAAGACAUUUACGAUUGUUGGUGAUGCAGUGGGCUGGGGCUUUGUCGUGCGGGGCAGCAAGCCCUGCCACAUCCAGGCUGUGGACCCCAGUGGGCCAGCAGCUGCAGCUGGGAUGAAGGUUUGCCAAUUUGUUGUGUCUGUCAAUGGCCUCAAUGUUCUCCAUGUGGAUUACAGGACAGUGAGCAACCUCAUUCUCACCGGCCCUCGAACGAUUGUGAUGGAAGUGAUGGAAGAAGUAGAGUCCUGAGGAGAAAAAAACCCCUCUUACUGGACAUUUUUGUCAGAAAAAUAGUGAUGACUGUGGAGCAGAAUGACACAAGGAGGCAAAAUGUUGCUGUGUCUAAAUAGAUGAUUUUUCUUUUUGGGGUGGGGAGGGUGUCUCUUUCAUUUAACAAUAAUAGUACUGGUGAUUAUGUUAAGAACAAUAGAUACCAGCAUGUGUUCACUAAGGACUUUUCUUUACCUGACAGAGACAAGGCCUUUAGGUUGGCAGCCCAGCCAGGUCUGCACUGGUCAGAAUGGUUUCCCUAAGAGGCCAUGCAGACUUCCUCACAGUCCACUACUGGAUCAAAGCCCUUCAGGAGAUGAAAGAACCAAACACUGUGUGUUUAGGAUGUCACAGACAGUCUGCAUGACAUACUUAUGUGGGUAAACAUCCUCCUGGUGUCCAUCCUUGUCCCAGGAGCAUGUUCUGCUCAGUUGCUCCCUCCUUGGGCUGAGGGGCAGUUGACUAAAUGCUGGCUUGGUUGCAAUCAACACGAAGGAACUGCAAAUGAAUG